AUGGAUCGUGACUUUUCGAUAUCACCAUCCGUGCCAGCCGCACCCGAACUAGAUGAGCUACACACUGCUCAACCAGUUCAGCAAUUAACCCAAACACAAGAGCAACCUAUGACAAUCGAGGCUCUGCUCAGCCACAUAAAACACUUAACCGAAAACCAGAAUGAACUGAUAGGUAACAAGAAGGAGACUCAGGCAUGGCUGGAAGAUGCCGAAACUACUCUAAACUUAUUUAACUGUUAUAGAGGAGAUCCAAUUUACGUACAGCUCGUUAGAGCAAUAAAAAACAAAAUUACCGGAGAGGCAAAGGAGAUUCUUAUUGCCGCCGGUAACCCAAAAUACUACAAUAGAAUCAAGACUAUCGACACUGCUAUAAAAUCAUCAGCAGCAACAAGGGAAGAUUAUAGGCUCUCAACGAAAGCCAUCAAUAAUCUGGUGAUCCUAAUGACACUCACCCGUUUCAUCGACAGUCUCAACGACGACCUAUCCAUGCACGUGAGAAGCUAUAGGCCGCAAUCACUAGAGGAGGCAUACGCGAUCACGAUGCAGUAUUCGAAUGCCGCUUACCGGCAGAAACUAAACAAAAAACCAACAAAUAUGAACUUUGGCAACAACAAUAGCAGCAACGUUAAUACGUUUAACAACAAACCGCAAGGUACUAACGGCACGGCUCAUCAGUUUGGUGAGUGUGGGAUCAGAAAUGUGGACGGUGCUGGUCAUAGGAUUACCCAUGCCACUAACGAGGCAGAGUUCGGCGAGUUCCCCUGGAUGGUAGCUCUUUUCUCGGAAGAUAUGUUCGGUGGAAUGGGUAAAAAAUAUAUCUGCGGUGGUACUUUGGUCAAACCAAACGUUGUAAUGACUGCCGCCCACUGUGUGUACGACAAAACGUUCGAAACCAUCACGGUCCGCGCUGGCGAAUGGGACACCAACACCGAAAAUGAGCCUAUUCAAUUUCAGGAACAAAUUGUCAAGCGCGUGAUAGUUAACGAAUACUUCCACGAUAAAUUGCUGUUCCACGAUAUCGCCUUGUUGGAACUGGAGCAUCCUUUCGCGGCGGAUGAUCACAUUGGAACAAUUUGCCUACCGCCAGUUGAAACAACUUUCCAUGACGAUAACUGUAUUGUUGCUGGAUGGGGAAAGGAUAGAUUCGGUUCCGACAGCUAUCAGGUGAUACUGAAGAAAGUGGAUGUUGUUAGCCAUGCUGACUGCCAAACCGCGCUGAGAACGACUCGUUUGGGAAAUAAGUUCCGGCUGCACAACACUUUUAUAUGUGCAAGAGGGAAGAAGGACACCGAUUCCUGUACCGGCGAUGGCGGCUCGGCACUGGUUUGCCCGAUGCGUAAUGCGCACAAUAAAUAUUAUCAAGCUGGUAUUAUUGUAUGGGGUAUUGGCUGCGGACAGGAACGUAUUCCGAGAAUUAAUGAAUUUAUGGAUUUAUGA